GUGUGAGCGUGCCUGCGCACUACAAGUCUCUUCGAGUUGCAUCAUUACACGUGAAGAAGGCGAUCCGCCUCUCCUGCUAAUUUGCCGCUGGAAUUCCAACGAAUCGUCCAAAGAAAACCAAGAUGUUGACCGCCGCGAGAAUGCUAAGCCGCAGUUACACUGGUGUUUCCUGUGAUAUCAUCAGGAAACAACAAUUCAGCACGAUCCUGAAAAAUGUUGCAGCUCCAUUAGUCACCGUACCACAACGAUUUACUGAUUUGCAACAAUAUCGACAUAAAUCUGAAGGUGUAAAAGGUGCAGUGAUUGGUAUCGAUCUUGGAACCACUUUCUCUUGUGUAGCAGUGAUGGAAGGUAAACAAGCUAAAGUUAUAGAAAAUGCUGAAGGCUCGAGAACUACUCCAUCUUAUGUUGCUUUUACAAAAGAUGACGAGCGUUUAGUUGGCAUGCCUGCAAAGCGACAAGCAGUCACGAAUCCUGCCAAUACAUUUUACGCAACAAAACGAUUGAUUGGACGCAGAUUUGAAGAUCCUGAAGUAAAAAAGGAUAUGAAAAGUGUGUCGUAUAAAAUUGUAAAAGCAACCAAUGGAGAUGCAUGGGUACAGGGUGCUGACGGGAAAAUGUACUCUCCUAGUCAAAUAGGAGCAUUUGUACUUAUGAAAAUGAAGGAAACCGCUGCAGCUUACUUAAACACUUCUGUGAAGAAUGCUGUUAUCACUGUACCAGCCUAUUUUAACGAUUCACAGCGACAAGCAACUAAGGAUGCUGGUCAGAUAGCUGGACUGAAUGUACUUCGUGUAAUUAAUGAGCCAACUGCAGCUGCACUUGCAUAUGGCAUGGAUAAGCAGGAAGACAAGAUUAUUGCUGUUUAUGACUUGGGUGGAGGUACCUUCGAUAUCUCAAUUUUGGAAAUUCAGAAAGGUGUCUUUGAAGUGAAAUCCACAAAUGGAGAUACAUUUUUAGGCGGAGAAGAUUUCGAUAAUGCUUUAGUUAAUUAUCUUGUAACAGAAUUCAGAAAGGAACAAGGUAUUGACGUAACUAAAGACGCAAUGGCGAUGCAAAGAUUAAAAGAAGCAGCGGAGAAGGCUAAGAUUGAGCUAUCGAGUUCACUUCAGACAGAUAUAAAUCUACCCUACCUUACUAUGGACCAAAAUGGACCAAAGCAUUUAAAUUUGAAAUUGUCCAGAAGUAAAUUUGAAAAUCUCGUAAAUGAUCUGAUUAAACGUACCGUUCAGCCAUGUCAGAAAGCACUUUCUGAUGCUGAGGUCUCGAAAUCUGACAUUGGAGAAGUUCUAUUGGUCGGUGGUAUGACCAGAGUUCCUAAAGUACAACAAACAGUUCAAGAAAUAUUUGGUAGACAGCCGUCAAAGGCUGUAAAUCCAGAUGAAGCUGUCGCUGUUGGCGCUGCGGUUCAAGGAGGAGUACUCGCAGGAGAUGUGACAGAUGUUCUGUUGCUUGAUGUUACGCCUUUAUCGUUAGGUAUCGAGACUCUCGGUGGUGUAUUCACGAGAUUAAUCUCUCGUAAUACAACUAUACCUACAAAAAAGAGUCAGGUAUUCUCUACGGCGGCAGAUGGUCAGACUCAAGUGGAGAUUAAGGUACAUCAAGGCGAACGAGAAAUGGCUACCGAUAAUAAACUCUUAGGACAAUUUAGCCUUGUUGGUAUUCCACCUGCACCGAGGGGUGUACCGCAAAUAGAAGUAACGUUCGACAUUGAUGCGAACGGUAUAGUGCAUGUAUCAGCUAGGGAUAAGGGAACUGGCAGAGAGCAACAAAUUGUUAUACAGUCCAGUGGUGGCCUUAGCAAAGACGAAAUUGAAAAUAUGGUUAAAAACGCAGAGCAGUACGCGAAGGCAGAUAAAGUUAAGAGAGAUAGAGUUGAAGCUAUUAAUCAAGCGGAAGGAAUUAUACAUGACACAGAGUCGAAGUUAGAAGAAUUCAAAGCGCAAGUACCACAAGAAGAGUGCGACAAGAUUAAAGAAUUGAUUGCAAAACUUCGAGAAACUUUGUCUACGAAGGAUGAUAGAGACCCCGAAGAGAUAAAGAAGCAAACAAACGAACUUCAACAAGCCAGUUUAAAACUGUUCGAAAUGGCAUACAAAAAGAUGGCUGCGGAAAGAGAAAGCAGUCAAAAUCAAUCGCAACAAGAAUCUGAAAGCGACAAGGAAAAGAAAGAGGAAAAAAAUUAAAUGUAAUUAGGUAAUUUACGUUCUUUGUAAAAUAAACACAAAUUCCGUGCACAUGUACAAGCAUCCGUUGCUAUAUUGCAUAUAUAAUGUAAAAAAGAAAAAACAGGUAAACGCGGAAUUAAAUUUCAAUGUUUUGCAAGCGAUAAUAACCAACAAUCUGAUAGAAAAUUAAUUAGAGUAUUAUAUAAAAAAUAAUUUCCUUCUGUCGCGGAAACCUCUCGUUUCAAUAGAUAAAUUCAUAUACAUGCAGCAUACAAAAUUAUAUAUGAUUAUAUAUCUGCAUGUUGUUGAACGUAAGAAUUUUAUAUAUAAAAUUUUAUAUAUUUUAAAUUACACGCAAAAUUAAAUUUUGUUUCUUGCAAAGUCUUAAGCGUAACAGCAAUCAUUAUAAACAUUACACACAAUCUUAAAUUAAUUUUUGUUGAAGACUCAAUAGUAUUGUAUAUUUUUAUGUCUAUGGCAAACAAUGGUCAGCUACUGUACCUUAAAGUAUUCAGUUAAUUAGUUUUUACUUGCUGACAAAUUAUGUAUGCAAUUGAUCGCUUGCAUAACAUAACUGAUGCAAGCACAGCCUACAAAAUUAGGUGCAAAGUGUCAAGAUACCUCUUAUAGUUGCGAUGAUGAUUAGCGAUAUAAAGUGAUUUGUACCAAAAAACAAUACAAUAAUAGUUAACGGUUCCAUUGUUAUAAUCCUGCUAUUGUAGAAUGCUAUGAUAGUAUAUCCAGUGAAUGAAUGAGAACGAUGAGAAGAUAAAAAUGAAAGGAUGAGAGAGAGAGUGAGACGAAUGUUUCUAUACAGAAUAAGUUCACGUUCUGUAAACAAAAGAUUAUUGUAGAGUACAUUAGAUUACAAAAUAUAACUGACCGUUUUUAUUUAAA